AGUUACUAUAGGAACGGCGUCAGUUUCCCAUGUUUCUGAAAUCACGGCGUUUUACAGGAACAGGCAGUUUCUGGAGUUAGGUGCCAACAACGGGGUGAGUUAACGGAGUACGUGAGCGGAACAGCGGUGUGUCUACCAGCACCAUUUUGAGUUUUUCACAGGCAUAAUGAGUGUUAGAGUGAUAAAUUCGCCGUCUGAAUUUGCUGGACUACGCCCUGAGUCUCAUAAAAUUACAUUUUGUGCAAGACCCCAUUCUGGUCAGAGCAGACCUUUAUCAAGACAGUCCAGCCAAACAUCUUCAGUGACACCUUCAAGUAUCUCAGUUGGCUCCUCCCCAAAUCCUGAGUUCUCAGCAGUUGAUGUUGAUCAGAUACUAAUUCAGAAGAUAACAGAGAAGCAAGAAGAUGUGAAACGAGCAUUCCAGAUCUGUGAUACUGAUCACUCAUUGGGUGUCACGAAGGGAGAGUUCCGCAGAGUUAUUGAAAACUUCAUUCUUCCUCUUACACAAGUACAGUUUGAUACUCUGCUAAUAAAGAUUCCAUUCAGGAGUAAUGGUACAAUACCAUAUAUGGAAUUUCUGGAACAAUAUAGCAGAGUAAACAAAAUAAAUGAUAGCAGCAGGUGCUGCCCUAGUCAAGGGAAUCAAACUAUGACGUUAGCACAGCUUGAACUCCUUUUAAAACAAAAGAUUUCAAAGAAUCUUAAAAAUGUAAUCCGUGGGUUUAGACUUUUUGAUUAUAACCACAAUGGUCAUAUACAGUACCACGAAUUAAGAAAAGUCCUUGAAAAAUAUUGUUUUCGCAUGAAAGAUGCUGAAUAUGACAGGCUUUGGCAUCAUUAUGACACAGGAUACACUGGUGCACUGCGUUAUGGAGAAUUUCUGGAGAAACUUGGGUUAAAUGUCGACUCGUACAACAAACCCAUACCGGAGAGUACUCGGCUAGUUUUGAAUUGGGAAGCUGUGGAAAAAGAGCGCCAGAAGCAUAGUGUUGUGAAGUCCUUCUUGCCUUCAGACACUCCUGUGGAGGAUCUUACUCUUGAUGAACUUGAGAUGGCUUUUCGGAGGAAGAUGGAACAGAACACUGAGAAUAUUUGGAAAGCAUUCCAGGCAUUUGAUAUAGAAAAUACCGGAUUUAUUAGUCUGCAAGAUUUACAAGCAAUCAUUAACAACUUUAUUUUUCCAAUGAAUGACAGCAUAUUUCAGGGACUUAUGACAAGAUUUGGUUUUAAGGCAACUGGCAAGAUUGCUUGGGAACAGUUUCUGUUUAAAUUUAGCAACCCUGUAGCUGAUGGAAAUGGUCAGACUCUGCCAAUAAAAUCAAAUCAUAGAGUUAAUCCAGUCAGGGGAGUUGAUGAAGAUUUUUCAACUCAGGAGAUUUUAGAGAAGCUUCAUAGACAUGUUCAGGCUGCCUAUCCCUCGCUCAAGAAGGCGUUCCUUGUAUUUGAUGAUAAUCAUGAUGGUAAAAUAACUAGGAAAGAACUUCGUCGAAUUGUUGAAAGUUUAACAUUCAAAAUGUCAGAUGAGCAGUUUAAAGAGCUGUGUAUAUUACUGGACCCACAACACUCAGGAUUCAUCAGCUACCAUUCAUUUCUAGAGGUUUUUGAAGAAAAGGAGUCACUGGGUGGUCACAAAUGGUUACAUUCUACUAGGCCCAUCAAGGAAGCCACCACUGUUACAAUGGCAUGGGACACAGUAGAAAAGAUCUUGUGUGAGAAAAUCACAGAGUGUUGGAAAGAGAUACGCAAAGCUCUUCAGUACAGUGAUGCCACGAGAAGUGGAAGCAUUAGCCCGGAUAAUUUACGAAACAUUCUGCAUACAUUUUGUCUGCAUCUGUCUGAUGAACAUUUUGAAAAGCUUUGCCAAUAUUGUCAUGAUGAGAGAACAGGAAGAAUCUUUUAUGGAAUUUUUUUGGACAAUUUAGGUGUGGUUAUUCAGGAAGGAGAUUUCUUUGGAAUCAGCACACAGAUUCAUAAAAAUAGUGUACAGAAUGAAGAGAAAAGGCAUGCAGACCUUUCUGCCAGACUAACACAGAUUGAGAAUGAAGCUAUCAAGCUAACGAAGAACAUGAAAGUUGAAGAUGUUAUUGCAAGGCUCAAGGAUCGUAUGGCUCAGCGGGAAAUAAAUAUGCGAGGCAGUUUCUUUUCCCAUCAAAAUCAGCCUGACCAGAAAAUUAGCAAAAAUCAAUUCAGAAAAGUUUUGGAAAGUUGGGGAAUGUCCAUGAUUGACAGCCAGUUUGACAUUCUUACCGAAAUGCUAGGAUUCAAGGAAGGCAUGCUGAGUUACAUUGAUUUCCUGACAGCAUUUGAAGAUAACAGAGUUGACAGUAUCUUGGCUACAUUACAUACCAAUCCUAACAAGAAGACAAAGUGUGAACAUGUUUUAUACUUGACUGCAGAGCAGUGUCUUACUCAAAUUAUGGACAAGCUGCAGGGAUUUGGGAACUUGUAUACAGUAUUCAGUAAGAUGGAUACCAAUCAUGACGGCAUUAUCAACAUGCAUGAUUUCCGUGACCUUUUCAAUGUCUUCACACUCUUCAUAACAGAAAAGGAAUUCUGCCGCCUGCUGCAACUGCUGGGAUUGAGUUAUAACUCAACACUGAACUACAAAGAAUUCCUAUACCUGUUUCAGGUGCAAGAGACUGUUGAGGCUCAUCCAUGGUUACAACCUGCUUACAGGCCAAACCAGACCUUAGGAGGUGCAGAUCUGGCAUGCGAACAAGUUCAUCGGUAUCUGGUUACCAAAGCUGAAAGCAGAUGGGAUGACUUGUCAAAGGCCUUCUCAGAGUAUAAUUCCAAUGGGAAAGGGGUGAUACAGAAAAAGGAUUUGAGAGCCGUGCUGUACAGAUUCAGUCUGCCCAUCACUUCAAAGGAAUUUGAAAAGCUUUGGUCAAGGUAUGAUGUCGAUGGAAAAGGAUACCUCACUCAGGAAGAAUUCCUACAGCAGCUUGGGAUCGAGCUGGCACCUGCUGAUCAUGGAAUCAGUAAAAGCAUUAUUGAUCAGAACAUGAAAAGUUUGAUUCAGCAGCAAGAAAAACAGCAGCAAAAGCAGCAAAAACUGAAAGAGCAACAGAAACUGCAAACACAAGCUCUGCCUUCCAGACAUCUUGAGCAACAGCUAAAGGAUAUUUUAAGAGACUAUUAUCAUGAUUUAAGAUUGGCUUUUGAAAAACUUGAUCUGAAUCAAGAUGGUUAUGUGACACUGCAAGAUCUCCAGCGGCUGCUUCAUGAUUACCAUUACUAUCCAGAUGAAGAGCAGUUCAGACAACUGCUAAAAAGGUUAGGAAUCAGUGUGCAUGAGUGCAAACUGCCUUAUUUAGAUUUUCUAAGAGCUGUCGAUGAUGGCAGGGCAUCAAAGUAUGGGCAAAAGACAGAUGUAGACCAGCACUUAAAAAAUGGUGACACCCUGAGCCCUGAGAGAGCUUUGACUAAGAUAAGAGAAACAGCUGCUGCUUCCCGGGAAACACUUUGUAAGGCUUUCUGUAUAUUUGAUAAGAUGAAAAAUGGAGCAGUUACUAUACCUCAGUUUCGGCAAGUACUUGACAAUUUCUGCUUCAAGUUAACAGACAAGCAGUAUAAAUAUAUUCUAAGCAAGAUAAAACCAAAUGAGGACCGGCUGAUUGACUGGAUAAGCUUUUUGAAAACUUCCUCCAAUUCAGCUUCAACAGAUGAAUGGUUUCAAAAUGUGGAGAAAGUUAUGAAGCAAAAGGCCACUCAGGAGCUAUCAAUGAGUGAUAUCCUCACACGUAUACAAGAAGUGGUCAGUGCUCGGUUCUACACUAUUGCAAAAGCAUUUGCAGAUGUUGACUUUGGAAAUAUUGAUGUUGUUUCAAAAGAAGCUUUCAAGGAGAUUUUUUACAGGCACUUCAUGCAUUUAACUGAUGAGCAGUUUGCAAAUCUUUGGAACAUAAUGCCAGUAAAUGAUUUCCAAAAUCUUAAAUACUGUGACUUUUUGAAGAUGUACAGUGGAAAAAGUCUAGAGUCAAGCUGCUCUGCAGCAGAAAAUGUGUCUCCUACCCGUGGAAAAUCUUCUUCAGCUACUGCUUUCCUGUCACAAUCCACAUCUCUGGCAAGGCGACCUAAAACAGCACCUUCUGUUUUAAGAAGAACAAAGUGUGAGUCUCCUCAGCGGCCUACUUCAGCUCUUGCUCGAUCUCCUGUUUUAGUUAACUGUGAGCAAACAGAACAGAAGCUCAAAAAGAAAAUAUACCAAAACUGGAAGAAGAUACUGAGAGAGUGUAAAGAGAAAGAUCUGGAAAGAACAGGACAGAUAACAGCAUCAGACUUCUUAGCCGUGAUAGAAAAUCUGGACAUGAAAAUGACCCAAGAAGAGCUUGAGCAACUGAUCGUAAAAUAUGACACUAAGAACAAAGGAAAGUUCUCAUAUCCUGAAUUCAUUCACCACUUUGUGCUUGUUCUGAAACCUCAGGAGGGAAAUCUGCUCAAGAGAAUGAAAGUUCCAAAAUCCAGGAUACCGCUGAAACCUGGUAUUGAAAGUAUACAGUUUACAGAGGUGAUGUUGACACUUCAGGCACAGAUCCUGCAGUGUUGGAGACCCAUGAGGCGUACAUUUCGAGAACUAGAUGAAACUGGAAGUGGCUGUGUUACAUUGAACAACUUCAGACAGGUUCUACGACAAUAUAGUAUCAACCUGUCUGAAGAAGAAUUCUUUCAUUUAACUGGAUUUUAUGACAAGGACCUAACAUCAAUGAUAUCUUACAAUGACUUUUUACGAGCAUUCUUGAGAUGAAUUUUAGAUUUUGCAAUAUAUUUGAUUGUUUUGCAAUAGAUUUCUUUAUGAAAUUAACAAAAAAGUGCUAAUUUUUUAAAAAAUAACAGAUCACAUUUCAGCCUAAUAUGGAUCUUGGCUAUCUUAACUUAAUACAUUUCAGUGAAUUAUCAGCAUGUCUUAAAUUAUUACAAUUAUUUAUCUAGUUGUACUGAAAUUACAUAAUCUAAAUUGUACUGAAAUUAAUUAAUCUAAAUUGUUUAAAGUUAAAAAUGUCAUUAUAUCGACUAGACACCUGCACACAAUAGUGUUUCAUAAAAAAGUAAUCAAGGAUAAACUGAUGUGAUUGUAGUUGCAAAAAAUGAAUCAAACUAUAUCUUCACAUUUCCUCCCUUGACUUAAACCAUUGUUUUAAAUGUAACCCACAGUUAUUCCUGUAGGGUGUUCAAGCUGUAAUUUAAGAUACAUUUAUUUCCUUGGAAAUGUAA